AUGGGCGCUGGGGUUGCUGCGGCGACUGGUAUUGCCAGAGUUGUUCCUGUAGUUGAUGUUGCCAGAGCGGCGCCUGUGACUGCUGGUGUUGCCAGAAUUGCUGUGGCGGCUGGAGCUACUGUGGCUGCGAUUGCAGCGAGAGCUGUUGUUACGACUGGUGCGAUCGUCGAGGAAACGACCUCGAUGGUUGAGCCGGGACUGAAGCUGGCAGUGCAGGAUGCACUUCGUCAUCGUCGAAAAGCACGCGUCAAGGUGCUGGCGGACGGUGCAGACGUGGUGUGUGGUGGCCGCGCGAGUGCUGCUGUGCUUCCAUAA